ACCCCCAUUUUCUCUUUGACAGAGAGAUUGAUUUUCUUAAAACCUCAUCAAGAAGAAACAAUCGGCCGCGUGACUGAGUUUCAUAAGUUGUUUGGCUCCUAAUCGCAGAAAAAAAAAAAAAAACACCACGUGUUUCGUCAGUUGGAGUUGUUUGAUUAGUUUAUUUUCUGCCACGACAGUGAUGGCGGCCUGUUUCUUCCGUUAACGCUUAUUGAUUAGUUCCUAUCUCCACGUCGCCUCUGUCGGUGAUUUCUCAAGCCGUCUUCAACAAUGUCGGCUGAACUUAUUUGGUUUUAACGAGCCACGUUGUGUCGAACGUUCAGCCCCUAAAACCGCACGUGUUCGUCCGUUGACGCGCGUUCAGGGACGCACGCGCUGAUUGCUCUGGCAACCAGGCACGGGACUUGAAGCGGAGGAGCAAACUAACCGGGACCGACCGGCAGCGGCUGAUGGAGUUCGAGGAGUCCGGUAUCGGGGAGGAAUGCGGGGUUUUCGGGUGUGUGGCUGCGGGAGAGUGGCCCACACAGCUGGAGGUGGCUCAGAUAUUAAGCCUGGGACUGGUGGCGUUACAGCACAGGGGUCAGGAAAGUGCCGGGUUUGUCACAUGUAAUGGAGGCAGUCCACCCACAUACACAACCCACAAGGGGAUGGGAUUAGUGAGCACUGCUUUCCCACCCGAGGCUCUUCAGAAGCUGCGCUAUGGUAACCUCGGUAUUUGUCACACACGCUAUUCAACCACAGGGAUCUCUGAGCUGCAAAACUGCCAGCCCUUUGUGGUGGAUACACUGCAUGGCAAGAUUGCAGUGGCACACAAUGGAGAGCUGGUUAAUGCUCAUGCACUGCGGAAAAAGGUAAUGCGCCAUGGCGUCGGCCUCUCCACCAGCUCGGACAGUGAGCUCAUCACACAACUGCUGGCACUGACUCCACCCAUGGAGGAGCUGGACGCACCAGACUGGGUUGCCAGGAUUAAAAACCUGAUGAUGGAGACCCCCACAUCGUACUCACUGUUGGUGAUGUUCAAAGAUGUUAUCUACGCCGUACGCGACCCUUAUGGAAACCGGCCGCUCUGCAUUGGACGGCUUGUUCCCAUUUCCAAACUGCACAGUUCAGGUGAUGGAGAGGAGGACACAGAGGGAUGGGUUGUGUCAUCAGAGUCCUGCAGCUUCCAGUCUAUUGGUGCCAGGUAUUACAGAGAGGUGUUGCCAGGAGAGAUAGUCCAGAUAUCCAGGCAUGGAAUCAAGACUCUGAGUGUUGUCCCUCGUCCUGAGGGGGACCUCCCUGCCUUCUGCAUCUUUGAAUAUGUAUACUUUGCCAGACCAGACUCAAUUUUUGAAGGGCAGAUGGUCUAUACUGUCAGGCAACGCUGCGGUCGGCAGUUAGCCAUCGAGGCGCCAACAGACGCAGACGUGGUCAGCACUGUGCCAGAGUCUGCAACUCCUGCUGCGCUGGGCUACGCUCAGCAGUCUGGGCUGCCUUAUAUCGAAGUUCUGUGUAAGAACCGCUAUGUUGGGAGAACGUUCAUUCAACCAAAUACUCGCUUAAGGCAGCUGGGAGUCGCCAAGAAAUUUGGAGCCUUGACAGACAACUUUGCUGGAAAACGAGUGGUGUUAAUUGAUGACUCCAUCGUCAGAGGCAACACCAUCUCCCCCAUUAUAAAACUGCUGAAGGAAGCUGGUGCGACUGAGGUCCACAUCAGGGUGGCUUCUCCUCCCAUCAGGUACCCCUGCUACAUGGGCAUCAAUAUUCCAACCAAGGAGGAGCUCAUCGCCAACAAGCCCGAGUUUCAGGACAUUGCUGGAUACAUUGGUGCCGACAGCGUCAAGUAUCUGUCUGUGGAGGGCCUGGUAUCAGCAGUCCAGGAGGGAAUCACCUCCAUCCAGAACGACAAGAUGAUCAGCUCCAGUAACAAGUCCAGCAAGAGAGUGGGCCACUGCACAGCCUGCCUGACUGGGAAAUAUCCAGUGGAGCUGGAGUGGUAACUGGUGCUCCAACGCCAAGACCGCUCAUCGUUACAGGAGCCACACUGUGGAUUCACUGCAAGCUCCAAAAGCAGAUACAUGUGAAUAUGUUCUCUGUAACGUGGAAACAGUGUGGUCCAACAUCUCAGUAUUGUUGUCAGGGACAGAAGAGAUGUGUUUAAUAUGCAACCACUACUUUAUAAUUUCUCUUUAGAUUGUCUUUAUCAUGUUUAGAUCCACUCGAUCUCACUUGAGUUGAAAAUGUUGCUCUUGAUGACCUCCAGUGGUUGCUGUCUCUCCUAGCUGCAGUGACUUAGCAGUCUAGUGUUUGUUUACUACGUCCUGAUUACUGCUGCAUGUCUGACCACACAACACAGAUGCUUUUGAAGAUUGUAAAUGUAUUUUCAUAAAAUCUUAAAACAUAGUUUCACAUUCCAAGCCUGAACCACAGUCAGAAAAAAAAACGCACAAGGCUGGUGACCAAAACAUGAAAUUGUCUUUAUUUUCCUUAACAAGUGUACUUUUCUACCUUUAACUUGACCUCUUUUGAGUGUGGCUGUUUGGAAUAUUUUUUUUGGGUUUCUUAACUUUGAGCAUUACAUGAAUAUAUUUGAAAAGUUAAAUAAACAGAAACUGCAUUAAGAA